GAGUUCGCCAACGUUCUGGAGCAGCUGGAGUCCACAUUUUAUUCGCAGGCCCUUCAAAAGUUCAAUCAGUCAGAUUUUAUAGCAGCUGGCUUCGCUUCUGCACAGAUCCCCUUGCAGCAGUUUCAGGCCAUCGCUGCAGAUGAGUCCACACACGCGACCACAUUACAGACGGCUAUUAAUGCGUUGGGCGGCCAGACGAUAUCAGGCUGCACAUUCAACGUUUCUCCCUUGCUCACCGACGUAACCACUAUGGUAGCAGCAGCGAGACUUGUAGAAAAUGUUGGUGUAAGCGCCUACCUUGGUGCCCUGACCUUGAUCAACGACACGGUUCUCUCCACCGCGGCCGCUACCAUCAUGACGGUUGAGGCACGCCACCAAACUAUUCUUAAUUUGCUGUCAGGGGCCACUGCGAUUCCUCAAGCGUUUGAUGUUGCCUUGAAUCCAUCUGAGAUUCUCGCAUUGACAGGGGGAUUAAUUUCCGGGUGUAACCUUGGAAUUCCAGCAAAUGUUCCUCUCCAGCUGAAUAGCUCUGGUCCAGUUCAAGCAGGAGCGAAGUUGAACUUUACCUCCGCCGCACUGAACGGAACUAUUCCGAUAGAGAAAUUGUCCUGUCAAUUCCUCGCCGGCGGCUUGUCUGUAGCCAUCUCGCAGCCCCUAGCUGAAUGCAGCGUCCCGCCGAACGUCACUGGUCCUAUGUUUGCAUUCGUGACCAACAGCAGUCAGCCCCUCGCGAAUAACAUCCGCGAUGCCGCGACUGGCACCAUCGUCGCUGGUCCAACGAUGAUAUUCGUUGAUAAUCAACAAGAUGCGCUGGCCAUUGCAGCGCGACCUGGUCUAAACUCUACUGUAGCUCAAAAUGGCAGUUCAAACGCUACAACAUCUUUUGCGGCGCCAACA